AUGCCGCCGCGAACCCCACGCACCCCGCGCACCCCCCGUACCCCACGCCAACCAGGGUCCGUCGGCGGACCUCGCAAUCGACGCGUCACAAGAAAGUCGGUCGCCCCCUCCAGAAGAGUAUCCGUUUCCACUCAGAGCCCAACGCGUGCUCCCCCAUCGCUCACCAAAGCUGGCUCCGCGCGCGCGGCGAGAGCCGCCAAUCCACGGCCGCAUAGAUUCAGACCGGGCACAAGAGCCAUCAUGGAGAUCAGGAAAUACCAGAGAUCCACUAACCUGCUGCUCAGACGGUUGCCCUUCGCUCGCCUCGUUAAGGAGGUGACAACCACUUUUCAUCACUCGCUAAGAUGGCGAGUCGAUGCUCUCGAAGCAUUGCAAGAAGCAAGCGAGGAUUUUUUGGUUGGGGUGAUGGAGGACGCCAAUCUCUGCGCCAUGCAUGGGAAGAGAAUCACUAUCAUGCCCAAAGACAUCCACCUUGCUCGUCGUAUACGCGGACUGCGAAAUGACCCUUCAAGUAACAUGUGA